AUAGUUCACCGCGCGCUGAAGCUGGUCAGCCAUUUUCUGCAGUUACUUUAGGAGCGGAAGUCGUCGAGGAAGAAUCUUUAUUUUAACGUUUUUGUCAAUCAUUAAUACUUUAAAAAUGAGUGAUGUCGAGGAGCCACAAAUCGAGGGGAGGGUUAUUGGUCGUGAAGGAUUUGAAGAGUUAAGGCCAAGAAUGUGGAAGAAUGUUCAAGAUAAAAGAAGGCUUUUACAGAGAAAAAUGUUUACAGAGCAGACGGUUAAGUGGGAAGGGGAGAAAAGAACGGAAGAUCGGUCAGAUAGCAGCACGCUCGCGUUAUGUGUCUAAAGCAGAAAAAAAGAAAAAAGGUUUCAGAUUGGGGUGAAGAAAUGAAAAGGAGAGAAAAAUGAAAACUGAACAAACGAAGACCGAAGAAUAAAAUGCCUGAGAGAGAGGAAUAGCGUAUACUGAAAACCGAAGAAUGAAUGAGUCCGAAUCCCGCUCUCUAUCCAAAUCGGAGCGGGGCAGUCCUGCCCAGCCCAAGAUUGAAAGCAGGUCUGGCUCUCCCAGCCCUUCCCGAGCACCCAAACGUUCUGAAUCCAGAUCGCGAUCCCGCUCCAAGUCCAGGUCUCACUCUCGUCGCCAUUCAAAUCGGCGGUACAGCCGCUCUCGGUCUCACUCCCACCGGAAGAAGUCCCGUUCUCGCUCCUACAGCCCUGACUCCCGACGCAGACGGAGCCAGAGCACAUCACCUAUGUCUAACCGCCGUAGACACGCCGGCAGCAGGAGCUCAUACAGCCAUGACUCCAAAAAAGACUCGCACAGUCAUGGUGAUGCCAGGGCCAAUCCAGACCCAAACACGUGUCUGGGUGUGUUUGGUCUCAGUCUGUACACAACAGAGCGAGACCUGAAAGAGGUCUUCUCACGUUACGGCCCUUUAGCCGGUGUCAAUGUUGUCUACGACCAGCGAACAGGACGCUCUCGCGGUUUUGCCUUCAUUUACUAUGAGCACAUUGAUGAUGCUAAAGAGGCGAUGGAGCGGGCUAAUGGCAUGGAGCUGGAUGGAAGGCGCAUCAGGGUGGAUUUUUCCAUCACCAAACGUCCACACACACCCACACCAGGCAUCUACAUGGGUCGGCCCACACAAUGUGACACUUUUAGUAACGGAGGCGGGAGCAGCAGCAGCAGCAGCGGUGGCCGUAGACGAGACUGGAAUUACGAUCGUGGCUAUGACCGAUACGACCGUUAUGAUGAGUAUGAUUACAGAUACAGCAGGAGGCGCUCUCCGUCACCUUAUUACAGCCGGUACAGGUCUCGCUCAAGAUCUCGUUCAUACAGCCCACGACGAUACUAAGAAGAUCCUCAAGACUUCUUUCGUUUUGCCUGUUUGCAUAUACAUUUAUAAACACAUGAAGUACAUGGAAAAACUCACUGUAUUAGAGAAAGAUUUGUUUAAUAAAUGUCUUAAUUUGGAGACUUCCCCUUUAUGUAAGUUUAAGGUUUGCGGAGAUCAUAAAUGUCAAUUUUAUGAUGUUUUUUUUUUUUUUGGUAGUGUGUUCCUAUGGUGUGAUAUGAGUUUUUCUAUAUACUGGGCAUCUUUUAGCAGGUAUGUAUGCAGUACUGAGAGUGUGUGUGAGUUACUGUACAUCCGUAAGGCAGAGCAUCAUGUACUUGAGAAAGCAUGCUGAGAUUGCCUCCAUUUAUCUGUGACAAAUAACUUUAUUUUCAGGAGUAAUUAGUGUUGCUUUGUGUCUUUUUCAAGAAAUAAAGACCUCAAAAUAA